AUGCGGGACACGAUUGAGAUAGCAAUCCUAGCCGAUGCAAAAUCAGCCGGCCAAUAUUUAAGGAAAACCUGGGCCGAUUAUUUGGCGACAAGCAAUGUGCGGACACAAAAUCCGGUGUACUACAGUAAUUCGCUGCCGUUACCUCAAGAGCAGUUAGGACAAGAACGAAAAUAUGCUGAAAAACCAAACGCGCUUAAGAAAGUAGUAGACGAUAUCGAUGACACGCAAACAAAUUCAAUAUCGGAAGGGGGCUUUUCAUGGUCAAACAUGUUAGGUAUGAUAAUGCAAAUGCUAUUUAACCCAGGCGGCACAAGUCCUAACAAAAGCGACAGCAUCGACACUGAACCAGUCUCGUCCCCUUGGGCUAACCUGAUCUCCAUGGGUCUAAAGAUUUUAACAGCCAUUCUCGGGGGUGGAGCACCAGUUGAUGGGAUCGACAAAGUAGACUCUUCGUCACCUAUGCAGGGUAUAUUGGCUGCGAUUCUUUCGACGGUGCUCGGUGCAAAAGACCCCGAUCAAGUCGCCUCGAUGGCAAAGCAGGCUGGAGAGUUCAUCAGCAUCGUCGUGAAUCUUCUGGACGCCCUUAAGACCUCAUUCUCUCAUAGAUCGCUGACUGCGCGAUCAAUGGGCCGUAAGGAUUCAGUCAGUGACGCCGCCAUCGCUGGCAUAUCCAUGCUCAAGACCUACGUGAGGUCCUUCGGUACGAACGACGACAAGUGUUUACAGAAAUAUGUAUGCGAUGCUAACAACGAGUGUUCCUCUGACAUCGGACCGAAGAGUAUCUUCUGUCAGCUUGGAACGUACGCUGCAAGUUUUGUGCUAGAGAGGCAAUCUGGCGGUACUUUCGAAGAGUUUUAUGAAGCUGGGCGUCGCGGGCGCUCUGGCAUUGACUGCCGUCAGUUGUAUCUUGAAUGCAACGAAGUUUAG